GUUUAUCACAACGAAUUCACGAUCAUCACCGCGAUUUCCCCUACUACUUGACUGGAUCCGACAAUUUAUUAAGCUCCACAGGUAGCGGAGGGACUAGUUGGUAGCCAACUUGCGGACGACCGAUCAGUACUGGACAAGCCUGGUAUUGGUCUGGAGCUUGGCUUUAUAACAAAUCGGUGCUGAACGCGACUAUUGGUUUUUACGAGAGUGUGAGUUCUCCAUUUCAAACGCAUUAGUCGGCGAUAACCUUCGGGGCGAAACGCGCUGACUCUUUCUAAUUAGUGACAGAGAAAAAUAAGGAGAAAACUAGAGAAGAAGAGAAGAAAAUCUACGUGAAACGUAUUUCGAGACUAGUGAAGGACUACACACAGUGAUACCAGAAAUAAUCAUGAAGUCCAUUAGUCUGCUCUUCCUGUUCUUUAUUCUAAGGAUAAUCAAUGCGCAGAAUACGUGUGCAGAUAAACGUGCCGUUUGCAUAAGUAUUCGCGAUUGUCCGUCCUUGAUUGAAAUCUUAAGAGGUCCGAGACCGCUACCGAAGGAAACGUUGGAAACCCUCAGGAAUGCGCAAUGCGGUUUUGAAGGAAAUUAUCCAAUGGUCUGUUGUAUUAAUCAGAAUACGGAGCCGGUGACAACAAACCCAGUACCAACUCCGACGACGGACACGAUGGUACAAGCGAGUGUUCCCGAUCCUCCGAAUGUGGUCAAUCAUCCGAAUUUGCGUCUUCUGAAUCACCAAGUGUGCGGACACAUAACCCAGGAAAAAUUAAUCGGCGGCAACAAAACGGGCGUCAUCGAAUAUCCGUGGAUGGCACUCAUUGCAUACGAGACUGGAAGAGGACCAGAAUUCCGUUGUGGCGGCACGGUUAUUUCCCAGCGGUAUAUCCUUACAGCCGCUCAUUGCGUCACAACAUUACCCGGUGACCUUACGCUAAUAGGAGUCAGAGUGGGUGAUCACGACAUAAGCAAAGAGCGCGACUGCGACAGGGACAAAAAUGGACUCGAGAUCCUGUGCGCUGAGAAAUAUCAAGAUUUUGGCAUCGAGAGUGUCCAUUUUCAUCCUGAAUAUACGAGAACGAAGUUGCAAAAUGAUAUUGCGCUCAUUAGGCUGAAUAGCAGCGUGGAUUUCAGGCCUUUCAACGCCAGACCCAUUUGUUUACCCUUCGGCAGCGCGACGAGACUAAGUCAGAAAAGGGCUAUAGUGACAGGCUGGGGUGCAACAGAAUUUGGUCCGCGUAGCCAGGACCUCCUGCAGAUAAAGUUGCCAUUGAUGACUAACGAGCAAUGCGCUGAAGUCUACAAGAACACUGUGGAAAUUUGGUACAAGCAAAUGUGUGCCGGUGGCAUGGACAUGGUAGACUCUUGCGCGGGUGAUAGCGGAGGACCUCUUCAAGCUCCUUCUAUAUAUAAUGCUCCAAAUGUGAACAAUAAGGUGCGUAUCGUUCAGUACGGUGUGGUCAGCUAUGGUCUGAAACAGUGCGGUACCGCUGGUUUCCCUGGAGUAUACACCAGAGUCAGCUACUAUAUGGACUGGAUCCUGAACACUAUAAGAGUUUAGAGUACAUAGUGUCGCUGAAACUUCGCGGAAGAAUGUAUCUUCUGCUGUAUUUCAUGACACGCUCUUGACAGUGAACGAUGUCUGCGAACUGCAAUGAAGACUUAGAUCUACGUAGAGUUCGUAACUUAUAGAGUACAUAGUUUAAUAGAAUCGAUAGACAACAUUGAUCUCGAAAGAUUCCGCAGGAGUAGCCUCAAUGACCGACUGAACAACUCAAUGUCCAGAAAAGUAGUUCAUGAGCUUUCUAUGUUAGCAAAAAAUUUUCUGGAUGAUUAAUUAUUAUUAUUUCUUUUUAGACUGAAAUGUCUUUUUGUCAGUGCCUUGUCUAAUCUAUAUUUUAUUAGACGGCACAAUCUCGCGGUAUCUGUACGUUACGAUUAGUUUAAUUUAAUUUCAAUUGUUUCAUUGCAUUUUUAAGAGUGUGUUAAGUAUGUUUCAUCAUGGAUAAAAAAAGAGAUCGCGUUCUCUGUUUGUCAGAGUGUAAUAAAUAUUUUAUUCUUGUGCUGCUUUGAUGUAUGGAUUACGACUUAUGUAUGACAUGUCAUGUUGUUUGUACCCUUUAUUACAAUAUAUCAAUUUUUUAUGAAAAGGA